GUCACGUGACGGCGGGGGGAGCCGGGCGGCGAGCGCGGGUGUCCCGGACCGGCCCGGCGCGGCACGGCACGGCACAGCCCGGACCGGCACCGCACAGCUCCGCACCGCACAGCUCCGCACCGCACAGCCCGGACCGCCGCAGCCAGCGCCCGGCCCAGCCCGCAGCGCCCCGGCCCGGCCCGCAGCGCCCCCGGCCCGCCCGCCCGCCGCCACGAUGCUGGCGCUGCUGUCCCGGCUGCUGGACUGGUUCCGCUCCCUCUUCUGGAAGGAGGAGAUGGAGCUGACGCUGGUGGGGCUGCAGUACUCGGGCAAGACCACCUUCGUGAACGUCAUCGCGUCGGGUCAGUUCAGUGAAGAUAUGAUUCCUACUGUGGGCUUCAACAUGAGGAAAGUUACAAAGGGUAAUGUUACAAUAAAGAUCUGGGAUAUAGGAGGGCAGCCGCGGUUCCGGAGCAUGUGGGAGCGAUAUUGCAGAGGAGUUAAUGCUAUUGUCUACAUGGUAGAUGCUGCAGAUCGUGAAAAAAUAGAAGCCUCUCGAAAUGAGCUGCACAACCUUCUAGAUAAGCCACAGUUACAAGGAAUCCCUGUUCUAGUACUUGGAAAUAAGAGAGACCUUCCUAAUGCUUUGGAUGAGAAACAGCUAAUUGAAAAGAUGAACCUCGCUGCUAUUCAGGACAGAGAAAUCUGCUGCUACUCAAUUUCUUGCAAAGAGAAAGAUAAUAUAGAUAUCACGCUUCAGUGGCUUAUUCAGCAUUCAAAAUCUAGAAGAAGCUGAAGUCUUCCUGGAAUCUCCAGUACCAGUUGGCCAUAAUCUCAAUUGUCCACUUCCCUCCAUAAUGAGAUACUACCCAAAAAUCCUGUAUCAAGAAUCUGCCUUUUCACGGUUCAUUUCUCAUGUGCACUGCUGAAGACUUGUAUUCCUAUUCUGUCACAAAACAACUAGAGUUGUCAUGAUAAAGUCAGCACAAAUAUUUAUUUUACAACCAUCUGUGGUGGGAGGGUUGUGGGGGGGGCUUUUUAAAAAAAUUAUCUCUACCAUGUUAACUACGAUGGUACACUCUGUUCUGGUUUUUCAGGGCCAGGUUUUUAUAUGAUUUUCAGCAAGUGUUUUAUUUCUAGUGUUUAGUGGCUUGAAGAUGCUGAUGCUUGACAGCAUUAAGAUUCUGUAAGAUGCCACAUACAGUAGUUAGAAAACAUUUAAGCGUGAGUUGUGGGAUACUGAUUUAUCUCACAAAUGCAUGUGAUGUGUGUAUGUAAGCAGAGAAAUGGAAACUGUUUGCAGAGGGGAGCACAAGGCAUAGAUCAGCAUCACUAAUCUACAGCUGAGAUCCUGUCACUUGAAAAAGAAAACUCUCAUGAUGAAUUAGGAAAGAGUCAUCUUUUAAAAUCGUUCUGUUGCUUUUGUUUAACAUUUGUGUGGGGGAUGGGAAUGGACUGUUCUGUAAACCUUCGAAAAUUGGAGUAUUCCAGCAUGAAAACAAAUUACUAGGAACAUCAGGCUUUGUUCAAAUACAUUCUUCUAUCUCCAGAUACUCGUGGUCUCUGUCUGAAACCAGAACAUGCAUUGUGAGCAGCUGCAUGACCCCAGUUACUGAUGUUCUUGUAUCCAGGCGGUUGUUGCCCUGUAGCACACUAUCUGUGUAAUUGUCUAGUGUCUCUCCUGCUCAUGGAAUGGCUGGGCACAGUUUCACCUGGUGCUAUGGAAUACCUGGGCUAUUGUGACAACUCUAGACCUGCCUGCUUUUCGAUGUAACCAUGUGCAAAGCCUGUAAGAUGCCAGAUGAAACGUUCUACUGUGUCAAAGCACAAGAGAGCCAAUGAUCCUGUCUCUUGACUAGCUCCUGCAGCUUAGGGAAGUGUGUAUAAACUCAAGAUCGCAAUGUUUUUGCAGCUUUACUUUCUCAGUGACUUCAGCCUAUUUAAAGGGACAGACUUGUUAAGACUGGUUUGCUCACCCAGCAGUGUCAGCGUAGCUUUACUCAUGUGUGCAGAUCCAUGGUACACCUGCCUGUGUUGCCUCACACUGUGUGUGAUUCCUCACCUCAAUGUGGUUUGCAUCCCGUGGGAGUCUUUGGUUGGGAACCUGCUUAGUCCCUGUCAGCUGUGACAAGCCAGUUUUAAUGCAGACUGCCAUGGCCUUACUGUCCUGUACCACCUCUGGCACUGUUGCACAGACACUACAAGCUGCCUGCGUUCAGUCUGAAGUUGCAUUUUAACUUUUUGUCCCCUUUCAGUUCUCUGAAGCAUGAUUUCAAUUAAUUCAUACUCUGGUGCUGUAGAGGAGAGGGUAAAUUAUCUUGCUACUGUAGUCCCGAGUUCACCAGGAACUGCUACAGUUACCUUUAUUUAGCAAACUUGCUUGUGCCUAAAAUAAGGAACCUAAACUAGAAUGUGUGAAUCUUUGUGGGGGACCAGGUCACUGUUUAGUUAACUGGCCUAUAGCUAAACUUGAUGUGUUUGGUGUUUAUAUACUUCACUGCUUUCAGCGUUUAUGGCAUCCAAACACUUCCAAUUGUUAACCUGUGCAUUACUCUCUGCAUGUGAACAACUUAUACAAUUACUGAACUUUGUAAAUACGUGAAUUUUUUUAUUUAGGUGGAUGCAUAUGUUGGUUUACUGCUCUUCAGCUUUAUUCAAUAAACUUAUGUUUUGAGGGUUGUAUUGACACUUAA